GGAAGUUGGAAUUUAUUAUACAUAUCACUUUAUCUCUCUAGCUCUCUCUUCUUUCUAGAAUUAAAUACUCUAUCAUUUGGUGCUUUCAUUGAGAGCUAGAAUACAUCAAGUGAGAUCUCCCAAGUCAAAAAAAAAAUCACCUAAAAAAACGUAGUGCCACUUCGGCUCUUGCUACGGCAACACACCCCAUAUAUCCAAUAAGGAGCAAAAUGACAUAAGGAACAUGGCACACUACGGCCAAUCCCCUCACCAACUGUCCAGAAGCUGUGUGAUGAUAAUUGAAGCUAUCUCCUCGGCCAAUCGCGCCCCUGUCCUUCAACGGCCAGGGAAUAGUAAGGAUCCAAAGGAGAAUCUGUGCCCCUUCGGCCAAGAUAAGCUCAUCAGCCGGCAACCGCACCGGCCCCAUCAACACAUUCACCGGCAACCGCACCGGCCCCGUCAACACAUUCAUCGGCACGCAUCGGCCAAACAGCAUCAGCCAGACCGUGUCGGCCAGCACACCUCUGCUAGCCUGACACACCUUCGGCCAGAGUGUUCCCUUCGGCCAAACAAGAAAGGGUGACAACACCUUUCCCAAAUACUACUCAGUAUACCUGCGCACCCCGGCCAAGAUAAACGAACAUGCAUCGGCCAGCACGCUUCGGCCACAACGCAUCGGCCAGCACCCAUCGGCCGAGCAUUUGAGGGAGACGUCCCAUCGGCAUCGGCAACGCAUCGUCCGGUAACACCAUCAGCCGGCGACGCAUCGGACGGCCGCACGUCGUCCAGCCACACACCGGCCAGCAGCACACCGGCCAGCACUCAUCGGCCGGCACCUCAUCGGCCAGUAACACAACGGCCAGCAACGCAACGACCAAGAUAAAUAAGCAUACAUCGGCCAAAGCACAACGGCAAGAGCACAACGGCCAGAACACAACGGUCAGAGCACAUCGGCCGGCACCUCAUCGGCUGGCACCCCAUCGGCCGGCACCCCAUCGGCCGGAACCUGCACCCCCAUCGGCCAGCUGUGCACUAUCGUCUAUCGGCCAAAGUCACAAGUCACAGAAACUCCUCACCCGGCCAAAACAGGGUCACCUCGGCCAAACAACGAGGAAGACAACCCAUCGGCCAAAGAUGGGGCCCCCAGCGUCCCUGGCUACCAUCGGCGGACCCUCAUCCACCACGCCUCCCCGGUUACCAUCGGCCCCAAAUUACGGCCCCCUACGCCAGACAGGGACCCCCCAUCCAUCAAUACGCUGGGCCGAUGAAGAGUAACAGCGCACCCAGGCCUGGGGGCGGCCUCACCUCUGGUCCUCGCGACGCCCGGCACAGCGGGGAUCUCCUCGUCCGCAAGCCACGUCAGCGACGCAGGAAAUGUCCUCGUCACUCUUCACGCUCCACUCCUUCGAACUGAUCUUCUC